CCCCAGCCUACAUCCCCUCACGAAGUCAACACAUACCGUCUUUCACGAUCGUUAAAUACUUUUUUCGCACUUUCCCUGAACGAACGAACGAUCCAUGAGUGGUGUCAGCAUCCCAGCGAAUGCACCGGUUGGAGGCAUUAGCUUCACCAAACCGCCAGCUACGGCAGUGUCAUACUACAAACUCGCCACCAAUAUCCCUAUCACUAUCGGAUGGAACCUGACAAGCCUCUACGUUACCCCUACCUCCCUCACCUUCUCCGCGUUCUGCUCCAGCAACGGGAACACGUAUCCAGUAGGGCCAACAAGCGUCCCGGGGACUGUAACGGAGCUUACUUGGACACCAUGGACAUAUCAAACCGGUGCAGUUGGUGUCCAGACGCCUUUGAUUCAGGGUACAUAUACGCUGCAAGUUCAAGACGAGCGAGGAACAACAGCUCUUGGGUCUCCUGGUCUAUUUCAAUAUAAUGAUCAAAUGACCUUUGCGUUUUACACGCCUCAACCUUAUACACCUUUGUCUGAAUGGCAAUGUGCAUCAUGCCAAAAGGGUGCUGCAGGGAUGACGCAGCCUCAUCCUGCCUUGUUUGGGAUAGUUGCAGCUACUCUGAUCAUGCUCCUCUCGGGUUGGGGUUUACUUCGAUCAUUCUUCCAUCGAACGAGCAGGUGACAGUGCUUGAUGUCCCAACGUUAACGCUGCUCAGGAGCGAUGUCAUGUCGAGGUGGUUGGGGAUCCUUUCAUCUCAUUGGACUGGUUGCCGAGUAUCCGCCGUAGUUAUAUUAUUCCUCACAUCAGUAAUUAAUGGACAUGGUCCCAUUUCGUUUCAUUCGUCAAGCAUCCGUGCGUUCCCUUAU